GGCUAACAGGCAAAAGGCAGAAGAGUAGAAAUAAAUAAAUAAGAAAGAAGAAGAUAAAAAAAGAAGAAAAGAAGAGAAGAAGUGUUUCAUUUAACCAACAAGGACGUCAGCUGUGUGCGCUUUUACGAGGGGGACGUGUGAGAGAGAGAGAAACCACUGUUGAGAGACAGAGAAAUGGCGGCGCUGGUGGCAGGUGUUCAGUAUGGUUUGUCGUCGCACAGCAAUUUUCACGAAAACAAGUCAUUGAUCUUCGUGAAACUCACCGACUCGGCGCAACGUGCCAUCGAGGACUUCCUCAGAAAUCGGAACAAGAUCACCCAGAACCCUACCAUACAGUUCCUAGGAAACGAAGGGCAACUCUCCUUUCCAUCUACGCAAUCCAGCCAUGGAUCGACAGGGUUUACGUUCAGCCUUUCCGGCAAUCAAGACAUCGGCGGCCCUCAGGCUGGCUUCGAAUGUAUCCAACAAACCAGCGCUCGGAGCCUGGAGAGCCUUGGCGCGCUGUCGUGUAAAAUGCGGAUACAGGCGAACGACGAUGUAUACGAGACAACCAGGCAUCGGAUGGUCGUCGCCGAGGAGAAUAACAAGAAUAAAUGUACCAGGGUUAUCAAGCCAAAUAGACCGGAUAUCGGGCGGAAAGUAAAAGUGAGAACAACAGUCGGAAGGACUAUUCCGCCAUCAUCAUCGAGUUCAAGGCAUCGGGACUCGACGAGCAUUCCAACUUCCACCAGUCAGUCUAGUGUGUCUUCCUCUUACAAGUCUGCUAACACGUCAAGAUCCCGGAUUCGAACGGAGAAGAAAAUCCCCGAUAUUAUGCGCAGACCGCUAAAGGAGAGAUUCAUCCACCUCCUUGCUUUGAGACCAUACAAGAAACCAGAAUUGUACGAUCGUUUAAUUAGAGAGGGUGUAAGGGAACGAGAACGCAACAUCAUGACGAUGACUCUGAAGCAGGUUGCUUACAUUAGGGAUAACACCUAUCAUCUGCAGAGACACAUCUGGAACGAUGUGCAAGAAGACUGGCCUUAUUAUACCGAGCAAGAAAAGGCUUUGUUGAAAAGAAGAAAACCCCAAAAUCUCACACCCCCUGGCUCUAGCGACGGUGGAUCCAGCGGCAGUGGACAAUCACCGAAUUCUACUCACCCAGGUUCACCGCCAGCGAUCACAGCACCGCCUCCUUUAUUGUUGAACGACAAGCGACCGGGAUACUAUCAGGGUAACGACGGUCUACCAACCAAGAAACCACGGAUAUCCCAUUACAAGAAGUCGGAAACGAAUUCCGGAUCGUCGAACCUUGGGGAUAAUGGAAGGACGGCUGGUAGUGGUGGUGGUAGUGGUGGUGGUGGUAUUAACAGUGGUGGUAGCGGUGGUGGUAGUGCGAUUUCCGGUGGAGCCGGCUGCAGUAGUGCUAAUAUCAUCAGCAGCAGCAGCGGUGGUGUGAUCGACAGUUGGGAUCAGAGGCAGCAUGCUCAGCGUGAUCGUCGUGGCGAUUGCCGGCCCGAAAGAACAGCGAACAGUGAUGUGCUACGCAGCUAUGGAAAACCGUGCCUGACGCCGACCAGUGACAGUGAGGAGCCGACCAGCCAGCUCGUCGUCGGUCAUCGGGACGGGAUCACCGGGAUGUCCAGCAGCAACGCUAGCCAUAGUUCUCAUGGUGUAACCCAUAGUAUUUCUUCGAGCGGCAAUCGUCAUCAUUAUAUCGGCAAGGCACCGAUGCCGAGUGCCGACGGUGCAGCCAGUAGUGCGGCUGUGGAUUGCGUGGCGGCGCGUCCGAUGCCUAGUGUCAUGAGUGACGGUAGUGGUGCAAGUAAUUAUAAUAGUUCGAAUAGAAUACUCGCCGACAGGAGAGAUCGAGGCGAGAGGUACGAUAGGAGUCGCGUUGGCGACAGGGAUCACGAUUCGAGGAGGAACGAGACAUCUGGCAACCAGUACAACAACAUGACUGCGCCUGGUUAUACGGCAACGGAUGAAAAUACCGUCAGCACGUCAUCAUGCGGUCUCGAUCUGCCGGACAGCCCUAAAUCGUCCGAGUAUCCAGACUACCUCACUUACUACACGACAAUAAGCAGUGCAGAACAGAGAAGACGUUACAAGGCAGAAUUCAACGCGGACUACGAAGAAUAUCGGAGGUUACAUGCUCAAGUGGCAAAGGUAUCUAAACGGUUUACGCAGCUGCAGGAUCGUUUGAAGCGCGAACAAGCCUGUGGAAAUUGGAACGAAUACGAGGCAAUCAGGCAGCUAAUUCUUUACGAGUAUAACGAGACUAAACGCGAUCCUAAACAUAGGGAAACGAAACAUCGAUUUCAUUAUCUGCACGAAAAGCUUAGCCAUAUUAAACGGUUGGUACUGGAAUAUGACACGCAGAAUAUUGGUGGUAUGACGACUAAUAACGCUGAUAGUAGCAACGAAAUCAACGACGUGAACAGUUUGCACUACUGACACAAACUGAAAAGGCCGUCUCUUGUUCUCUACUUUUUCUCGGUUAUCGAUACGCUGCUGUCUUCGUUGUCGAAGAGUUUGCAUUUUCUCGGCAUGUUCCAAGGCUGAUAAGAAAAAAAAAAAAAAAAAGAAAGCGGCCCACAUGGUUCCUGGGUUCUAUCUCGCCGAAAACAAAGUCAAGUACUCUCUAAGCCGGGAUUGCAAGAAUACGUAGAAAUUUUCGUUCAGAGAACCUUGAACGCCGUUAUUAAAACGAAAAA